AUGAGAGAUGCAAAGAUUAUCCAAACUCCACUUGGUUCUCAUCUUAAACUCGCCCAUGAACAGAGUCCACAAAAUGAAGAAGAGAAACUGGAAAUGGAAACUGUCCCUUAUGCGAGUGCACUUGGAAGUCUGAUGUAUUUGAUGGUUUGCUCUAGACCAGACUUGGCAUUUUCAGUAAGCCUUGUAAGCAGAUUCAUGAGCAACCCAGGAAAGCCUCAUUGGUCAGCAUUAAAAGGGAUUUUGAGAUACUUGAAGGAAACCAGAUCAGUAGGUAUUGUGUUAAAAAAGAAUCAAAAUAGUGAUUGUUGUGUUGAUGGAUAUGCAAAUGCAAAUUAUAUAGGUGAUGUGGAUAAGAGGAAAUCAACUUUUGGCUUUGUUUUUACACUGUGGGGAAAUGUUGUUAGCUGGAAAUCCAAGUUACAGCAUAUGGUAACUCUGUCCUCAACAGAAUCAGAAUAUGUGGCGUUGACAGAGGCUGUAAAAGAAGCUUCAUGGUUAAAGGGUCUUAUAAAUGAGCUGGGUCUUGAACAACAAACAAUGGUAAUCAAUAGUGAUAGCCAGAGUGCAAUCCAUUUAUGUAAAAAUCAAGUUUUUCACGAGAGAACUAAGCACGUCGAUGUUCGUCUUCAUUUCAUCAGGGAAAUGAUCGAAAAAAGAGAAAUCAAGAUUAAAAAGGUUAAGGGUUCUCACAACCCUGCAAACAUGUUCACUAAGCCAGUACCAGUUGACAAACAAAGGCCCUGUAUGAGCCUUCUGCAAGUUCAGGAGUGCACAGUAAAUUUCCGAGGCCACGUACGGUGA